AUGGGACUGUACCGCAUCAACGACAACGCACUCAAAUCUAUCGCACCCGUCUCAUUCGAGCAAGAAGCUGUUCGCGAACGCCGAGAACUCCAGCAAUGGCUUCGGCAUUUGAUCGAAAUCAUCGCGCCGGGCUGUAUGGUCCUGAGCGAGGAAUUCAACGACUGGGAGGACAGUAACCGGCGGAUCGAUCUGCUCUGCCUGGAUCAAGACGCAUGCCUCGUCGUCAUCGAACUCGAACGCACCGCGAGCGGCGGGCAUAUGGAUCUCCAAGCGAUCCGCUACGCGGCGAUGGUCUCAAACAUGACUUUCGAUCGUGCCGUGCGGGCACACGCCAGAUACCUCAGCGAGAAUAAUCUUGAUCCCACUCAAGCCGAGCAACGGAUCCUCGACUUCCUCAACUGGCCCCAGCCCGAUGAAGACGAGUUUGCCAACGAGGUCAAGAUCAUCCUGGGUUCAGCGGACUUUUCAUCGGAAGUGACCUCAUCGGCCAUCUGGCUCGGGAAGCAGGGCAUCGAUGUCCGGUGUGUCCAGCUGGCGCUGCACAAGUACCGUGAUGAACUGAUCGUAAACGUCUCUCAGAUCAUACCGAUCCCUUCGGCAGAGGAGUAUCAGGUCAAAGAGCGCGAGAAGAUCAGCGAACGCAAGGCUGCCCGCAGAAACGAUCGAUCCGAAACCGGCUUCGCGUUUGUCAAUGUCGGCGAGCACAGCGGCCCAGACAACCAUCGCUCUUGGGGUGAUUGCCGGAAGUACGGCUUUAUCUCUGCGGGCGGCAAGAGCAUCGAGCAGCUGGAUCGACUUCAGAUCGGUAAGCCUGUCCUCGCGUAUCUCAAGGGGCACGGAUAUGUCGGGGUAGGCACUGUGAUCACACCCCCCACUGCAAUCACUGAUCUCAUCGUGGAAUCGGAGGGCAAAUCCCUCGAUCAGCUCCCAAUCCAGCACCGGGAUAACCCCAAGACCCAGGCUGAGAUGUUUAUAGGGAUCCGAUGGAUCAGAUCACUCGAUAGGGCAGACGCCAUCAAGGCCGCGCCCUACCGGAGCACCGCGUGCAGGGUCCAUGAUCGCGAUUUGGUCGAGACCGUCCUCUCAGCGAUGGGCACAUCCAUUGAAGAUUGCUCCGAUCAAGCCCAACUCUGA